UGUUUUAUUUUUUAAUUAUCUACCCUCAUGGCAACAUCUAUACGGAUGUUGUGGUACAUAUUCCUGUGUUGCUAGCUGUGUUAAAUGCCCGGAUGAACCUCGGUGGUCCGGGGUGCAGGCUUCAAACCUGUAGCUGCUUAGCGGCAGAGUGGUUCAAUUCCACCUUUCGGGCGAACACAGAAAUGUGAACUUUUUUUAAAUUAUAAGUUUUAAAAUAGUCAGAGAUCACAGACUAGAUCUCAGUGUAAGGUCGAAUCUUAUUGUUUUUAUUUUUUUUUUUGUUUGUUUUUUAACCACCAAACUUGUUUUUAUGAAUGAGAGACUCAUGAGGAAAUAUGAGCAGCUAUCCUGUUUAGUCCGCAAUGUGUUCAGUUUUAGAUGGAUCCAAAAACAUUAAAGUAUCUUCCCCUAAUUUCCUAUGAAUUCAGUUCACCCGGAUGAGAACAUUUCUGACAACCAAUCACAAUGGCUUGUUCGUGGAAUGUCACCGGAAGCGGAUGAGUGUGUCCUUGACAGACAUGUGUGCGUGCCUGGCUAUGCGCAGACACCAGGUCUGAAAAGCUAACACAAGCAAUCUAAUAUUUACCUUUAGCUGCUUUUUCCUCAAGCGAGAUGCCGUUACACAAAUACCCACCGCGCCUGUGGGAAGCCUUGAAAUUACAGAAAGGGAUCUACGCCCGUCUGCCGCAGCAUUACCUGAAAUCCCUUCAGGACACAUCACCCCCAACUCCUGUGCAUUGGAAACCUCUGGGCGUGAAAUACAGAGCAAACCCGAAAACAGGCCACAGAGAGCGGGUUCAGGAUGUACCCAUUCCCAUCUAUCACCCACCGGAGUCGCAGGACGGCCUGUGGGGUGGAGAGGGCUGGGUAUGUGGCUACAGAUACGCAAAUAACGAUAAGCUCUCUGCAAGAGUGAAGAAGAUAUGGAAGCCUCAGCUCUUCAAGAGGGAGCUGUACAGUGAAAUCCUCGACCAGAAGUUCAACAUCACGGUCACGGCUCGCACGCUGGAUCUUAUCGACGCUGCUUACGGCUUUGACUUCUACAUUCUAAAGACACCAAAACAGGACUUGAACUCCAAGUUCGGCAUGGACCUGAAGCGUGCCAUGCUCCUGCGGUUAGCACGCAGAGACACUCAGCUCUAUCCGGACGAUCCGACUCGACGGGAGAAGAUCUACAACAAAUACAAGCAGUUUGAGGUUCCUGCUGAUGAGGCGGAGUGGGUCGGCCUGAGUUUGGAGGAAGCAGUCGAGAAACAGAGACUCCUUGAGCACAAGGAUCCUGAGCCACUUUACAAGAGCUGUGUGGAGAACCUGGUGAAGGAACUUGCCAUGCAGAAACUUGCUGAACCCCAGGUUGUGGAAAAGAAAGACUGAUGAAAAAUGUAUUUAUUGGGGUUUUGUUUUCUCUGCUUACUUUUGUACUGAUGGCAUUUAUGAUAUGCCAAUAUCCUGUAAAUAUCAAACUGCUAGUCAAACAAUAAAUUAAUUCAUUAUCUGAUGUACGUGUGUCAGACAAACUAUGUGAUCAAAUAUGUGGGUCCUUUUUAUUUUAUUUUAUUAAAAAAAACAAAACAUUUUUUUGAGUUGAGUUGGAGAGAUCACUGUUGAUU